AUGUUCUCCCUCGCACUGCUGGUUUUCUUCCUAGCGAGUGUCAUCGACGGACAAGAGGCAGAGGAAAAGACACCUCUGCCACCAGACAUGAAAGAAGUGUUCAUGAACUUUAACAGGCAGUAUAACACACACUUGGACUGGGAUGUCAGCUUGGCGGAAAAAGCGCUUCAAGAAUCACGCGAUCCACAAACUUUUAGAGUCAACGUAAAGCUUUUGGCGACAAGGGACUUCUGGAAGACCGAUAAAAAACCACUGAAUGAGAAAUUGGAGCUCACGAUGCAAUCACGCUUUGAUAAAAGAAAGAAUGAG